AUAAAACUCCCGAUGGUAGAGCAAAAAUUGUUAGGAUUGAACUAGGAAAUGUUAGAGAAAAAUAUGAUGAAAAAAGGAAAUACACAUAUCAUUGUAAAUAUGAAUUUCAUGAUGAGGUAUCUUGUUGCGAUGAACAUCUUAAUCGUGUCUACGAAUCAGGGAUGAAAAUCGAAAGAAAUGAGAAGGGCAAGGUGGACAUAAUGAAUAGAGUAGAUGAGUUAGGGGAUAACGAAGUAAAAGAAAAGGAGGUAAAAGUGAAAAAUGAUGUUGAGGAAGUGGUAAUAAAUCGAGUGGGGAAUGAUUACGCAAAUGAUAAAGUGAAGACAAAGAUUGCUCAAAGAAAAGAAAAGAGCGAAGGAAAGGUAAACACUUACUUGGAAUCCGAAUUAGAAGAAUAUUCGAUCGUGGAAGAGUCUUGCUAG